GGGAGAAGAAAUGAAGAACUUUAGUGCCGCCCCAUUUUCUUUCCUGUACGUCUGUCUCUCUGUCAACAAUCGAAUUCAAAGAAUUCAAAUACCCAACACAUAAAGCAAACAGCUUUCGCAGCUGUCCUGAUAAGUGCUUUUCUUCCACACCCCAAAAAAAGAUAACGAAGAACAGUGCAGCGAUCACCGGCUUUCUCUUACUCCCUUCUCUUCUCUUCUGGUGAGUACCCCACUACGACAUCUGUGUUUCAAUUCCUUGUUCACUCGAGUCUUUUUGGGUUUUGAUCGUCUACUUAUAUGAUCCAUUGGGUGGUUUUAGAUUUCAGUUCAUUUCUAUACUAGAGCCUGAAGGAAUCAAGUCAUGGGAGGAUUAGUGUUGGAAACUGCAAGUCAAAUCAGCAAGUUUGUCAUGAUCUCAAUGAAAACAUGUUACAAAUCAGUUGGCAAUCAUCCAUUUGUUGUGGGCAUCCUGCUUUUCUUUAUAUUUCUGCACAGAUCAUUUCCUGUUUUGUUUUCUGUUUUGGUCUCAACUUCCCCUGUUCUUGUCUGUACUGCUGUUCUUCUUGGAACCCUUUUGAGUUUUGGUCAGUCCAACAUACCCGAAAUCGAACCCCACGUCGAUGUUGCUCCUCUUAGAACUUGGGUUAGUGGCGAUGAUACUGUUCUUGUCGAGAGUGGCGGUAGCUUCCCCGCAGAGAAACUCUCAGCAACCAGCAGGGACAUUGUGGACGACGAGUCGACGACAGAUUACAGAGUCAAUGGUGAGGCUGGGGAUCAUGAUAUUUAUGCGCCGCUUAUUAUUGAGAAUGUUCAGCAUCAGACUGAGAGUGACAAUAGAGUGAUUGAGGAUUUGGAUAGAGACAUUGAGUUGCCGAAUGAUGUGGAAGCAGCUGAGCAGCAGUAUAGUUUGCUUCAACAGGUUCGAGAUCAGAUUCUUCAAGUGCAGGAUGGAAAUGGUAAUGUAUCUCCUCAAGGAGGAAGAAACCAUUAUGAUGACAGUGGUGAAGCUUCUGAUUCAGGGUCAGAUGGGGCCGAGAGCUCAUCGCCGGAUGCUUCAAUGGCCGACAUUCUUCCUGUUCUUGACGAGCUACACCCGUUGUUAGACUUAGAAGCUCCACAGCCUGCUCAUAUGUCGAAUGAUGGAUCUGAUGCAGCUUCAGAUAGCAGUGUUGAGUCGGAUGGGGAUAAUGAGGAGCAGGGUGGACGAGCAGAUGAGGAGGAUGGGGUUGAUUACCAUGGCGGCGACGAGGAAGAAGUACCUGAGCAUAGUGGCAAGGAGGAUGAAAGCAAAUCUGCAAUUAAGUGGACAGAUGAUGACCAAAAGAAUCUCAUGGAUUUGGGAAACUUGGAGCUUGAGAGGAACCGACGCUUAGAAAAUCUUAUUGCAAGGAGAAGGACAAGAAAAAGCUUCAAAUUAAUGGCUGAGAAGAAUCUAAUAGAUUUUGGUGGUGUUGAUCUUCCAUUUAAUGUUUCACCAAUUUCAACAACAAGGCGCAACCCGUUUGAUUCUCCAUUUGAUGACUCCUAUGGUGACAUGGGGUUACCACCCAUCCCUGGGUCUGCUCCAUCCAUCAUGUUGGCAAGGAGAAAUCCUUUUGAUCUUCCUUAUGAUUCAAAUGAAGAAAAACCUGACCUCAAGGGAGACCAUUUUGAGCAAGAGUUUAUUGCAUCGCAUGCCAAUGAUGCAUUCUUCCGUAGGCAUGAAAGUUUCAGUUUGGGAGCUUCAAGUUUGGGAGGUGCCAAGCAUGAGAGGCAAGACUUUAAGUGGAAACCUGUUUUCGUACCGGAAAGAUUGGCUUCAGAAGGACCAGGUUAUUCCUUAUUUCAAAGACAAUCGAGUGAAGUUAGUGAAUCAAAGUUGAGUUCUGUCCAUGAUAGCGACUCAUUGAGUUCUGCAGCAGAUUUGGAUGAUAGGAAGUUCAGUGAGCAAGACUUUACUACAGAAGCAGAAGUCAUCUCCAACAUUUAUCAUGUUUCUGGUCUUGUUAACCAUGGAAGUCAUUCCUAUGAAGAUGCAUAUUCGCUGGAAAUGGAACAGGUUGAUAAAAGGGAUGUCCUACCCGAUCAGCUUGAUAUAGAAUUAGGUGCAAGUGAAAAGCUGGAACCAAGCUUGUCGGAUAAUGGAGGAUUGCGUACUCUUACUAAUGAACUCCAUUUAAAUCCAGAACUAGUUGAAGAGGAGGACAGCAGCAGUAGCUCAAGCUUGUCAUCAUUGUCAGAAGCAGAUGAAAAGAUCUCAGAUGUGAGGGACGUUGGAAAAAUUUUGGAACUAAGUGGUGAUCUAGUCAAAGAGUAUCUAAUUUCAGCGCAACAUUCGCUUGAGGAAUCAGAUAUUCAAUUCAUAAGCACGUCAGUUGAUGAUAAUCAAUUAAAGGAGCCAGUCUAUGACUCGGUUCCCCUUGAAGCUGAAAAUCUUAUUUCCUUGAACUCCAUUUCUUCUGAUAUGCAAGCAGAGAUAUAUGAACUAGUUAGAACUCAAUCAUUAGCGGAAAUGCAUGUGCCUUUUGUGUACAAAGAUAAUGAUGUGGACUGUGAGAACAUAGAGAAGGCUACUUCAGCUAAUGGAGAUGUAUGUGGUGCCACCUCAAAAGCACAUGGAGCAGAUGCAAUUGAGGGAGACUUGGGAAACUACAACCAAGCGCAGCUAACAAGUUCUCUUUCAGAGGUAGAAGACGGUCUCCCUAGGAAUUUGGAGGUAAAUGCAGUUUCUUCACAAUCUCGUUGCCAUUAUCUUCUUUCCAAUGAACAGACAUCAGAACAGGAAAAAGACCUAUCCUGGUUAGAUAAAUCCAUGGUUGAACCAUGUCUUGAUGAUCAUAUGGAUGCUCUUAUUAUCAAAGAUAAUGUCACGGAAGAGGUAGAUGACAUAAAGGAGAUCGACCCAGAGUUGCUUCUAGAACUGGAUACAGUUGGAGAUUUCAGUGUGAAAGAUGGAAUUGGUGAGCCACUCCAUUAUGAGCUGGUAAGAGAGGUAGCUAAUGCUGUGAGCUCUGAAUCUGGGUUGUCAACCGCGGAGUUGAACCUGUCAGAACCCAAUCAGGAACUACCUAUUCUGGAUCACAUUCAUGAGGGAGUAGAUAUUGAUGAAGCUUUCAAAGAACUUCAUGCAGGAGUAAACGCGGAGGAGGUCAUGUUUCCUGGAGUGGUUGACAAUGAGCAAGUAUCAGAAAGUACAGUGCAGACCAGUUCACAGUUGCUGACGACUAAAGCAACAUCUUUGGAAGAUAUUAUCACUUCUUCAAAUCAAGCUCCAGAUAAUUCCGCUAAUGAGUUUUCGCAACUACUGGAUACAGAAGGGUCAGUAGAAUUACGUGCGGUAUUACCUCUAGAGGGUAAUGAUGUAUCAGCAGAUGCCUUGCCUCAUGUGGUGGAGGAUAUUGCAUUAUACAGUAUAGGGUCCACUGAUCAAGAGACUUUCACUACUCAAAUUCAUUUGAAACAACUAUCGGAAGAAAAUGUUACUAAGCUGCUGGAUACAUUAGAUUCAGAGGAUGUAUUGGCAGAAGUAGGAGCUGAGGCUGUGGUGGAGACGGUAUUAAGCAAUGACGUAUUUGGUGUUAAGGAAACUAUAACUGAUUUUCCUUUGAAGCAAGUAUCAGAAGCUGAUGUUGCUGAGCUGAUAAAUCCAUUGAAUUCUAAUGAUGAAACCUCAGAAGUAGGAACUGCCGCUGUGGUGGAGACUGUUUCAAGCAAUGUUUCAUACGGUGUUGAAGAAACCAUCCCUGAUUCUCCUUUGAAGCAACUAUCAGACGGUACUGUUGCUGAGCUGCCAAAUCCAUCAAAUUCGAAGAAUGAAACGUCAGAAGUAGGAACUGAGGCUGUGGUGCAGACUGUUUCAAGCAAUGUCUUACACGGUGUUGAAGAAACUAUCCCUGAUUCUCCUUUGAAGCUAGUCUCGGAAGACGCUGUCUGUGAGCUGCAAAAACCAUUGAAUUUGAAGGAUGGGUGUGAAGAAGUAACAACUGUUGCUGUGGUGGAGACUGUUUCAAGCAAUGUUUCACAUGGUAUUGAAGAAACCAUCCCUGAUUCUCAUUUGAAGCAACUAUCAGAUGGUACUGUUGCUGAGCUGCCAAAUCCAUCAAAUUCAAAAAAUGAAACGUCAGAAGUAGGAACUGAGGCUGUGGUGCAGACUGUUUCAAGCAAUGUCUUACACGGUGUUGAAGAAACUAUCCCUGAUUCUCCUUUGAAGCUAGUCUCAGAAGACGCUGUCUGUGAGCUGCAAAAACCAUUGAAUUUGAAGGAUGGGUGUGAAGAAGUAACAACUACGGUGGGGGAUUCUGUAGAGGAGAUUGGUUCAAACAAUACAGGAUCAGAUGUUCCAAAAACUGUCCCAACUCCUAGUGCGUUGAAGGAAGUCUCGGAAAGUUUUGUGGUUGAAACAAUAGAGAUGGCAUCAGACGAUAGAGAACUCGUGCAAGAACCUGUACCUACUCAAGUUUCAGAAAAGAAUGUUGGUGUUGGUGAGCUGCCAAAACCAUCAAAUUCAAAUGACGGAUUAACAGAAUAGAAGAAGAAUCAACAAAUGCAGUGGUUCUUCCAGUUGAGAAUAUAAGACAUGAACUGAAGAAUGCUGAACUGUUUGUGGCUCGCGUCUUUUUCAGGUGUCUUCUUUAGCAACAGGCUCUGCAUGUGUAUAUUUUCCUUCCAGUGUGAUUACAAUGAUCUUUUUGGGUUGGGUUAUAGUUUCAUUUGGUGUUUUUCUUCUUUAUCAAUACCUUUUUGAUUGAUUGAUUUCUUCAAGAAUGAGUUUUUGGUUUGAUUUCUUGAAGUGUGAAGUUUCUGAAGUUGUCACUGGGAGAAAGUUCUGCUUGAAUCAUCCGUUGUUUUGACAAGUUGAGGAUAUGGAUUUUUUUUUUCUUUGGAUGUGAGGGAAUAUUGUAAACUUCUGCAGAUGUAUAAAGUGCAGCUUCCGUUU